CCGCCAAUUCUUGCUGUAAUCUUGCCUGGGUUGAGUUCCGCGCUCCAUGGAGACGUUUGACCCCGCCGAGCUGCCCGAGCUGCUUAAGCUUUAUUACCGGAGGCUCUUUCCCUACGCCCAGUACUAUCGCUGGCUCAACUAUGGCGGAGUGGUAAAGAAUUACUUUCAACACCGUGAAUUUUCAUUCACAUUGAAAGAUGAUAUUUACAUUCGCUACCAGUCCUUCAACAACCAGAGUGAUCUGGAAAAGGAGAUGCAGAAAAUGAAUCCAUACAAGAUUGAUAUAGGCGCAGUAUAUUCCCACAGACCCAAUCAACACAAUACAGUGAAGCUGGGAGCUUUCCAGGCUCAGGAAAAAGAACUGGUGUUUGACAUUGACAUGACAGACUACGACGAUGUGAGGAGAUGUUGUAGUUCUGCAGACAUAUGUUCUAAGUGCUGGACCCUCAUGACCAUGGCCAUACGCAUCAUCGACCGAGCAUUAAAGGAGGACUUUGGAUUUAAGCAUCGACUCUGGGUAUAUUCUGGAAGGAGAGGUGUUCAUUGUUGGGUCUGUGAUGAAUCAGUUAGAAAAUUAUCCUCCGCAGUACGUUCUGGGAUAGUUGAGUAUUUGAGUCUUGUAAAGGGUGGUCAAGAUGUUAAAAAGAAAGUUCACCUAAGUGAAAAUGUUCAUCCUUUUGUCAGGAAAUCUAUAAACAUAAUAAAAAAAUACUUCGAAGGAUAUGCCUUGGUGGGUCAAGAUAUUCUUGAAAAUAAAGAAAACUGGGAUAAGAUUUUAGCCCUUGUUCCUGAAACAAUUCAUGGUGAACUUCAACAAAGCUUCCAAAAGCAUCACAAUUCACUUCAGCGUUGGGAGGAAUUGAAGAAAGCCAGCAGCAGAUGUCAGAAUAACAUCAAAAAUGACAAAUGUGGACCCUGGCUUGAGUGGGAGAUCAUGCUCCAGUACUGUUUUCCACGGCUGGAUAUCAAUGUUAGCAAAGGAAUCAAUCAUUUACUGAAGAGCCCUUUCAGUGUUCAUCCAAAAACAGGUCGCAUUUCUGUGCCUAUUGAUUUACGGAAAGUGGAUCAGUUUGAUCCAUUUGCUGUUCCAACCAUAAGCUCUAUCUGCCAUGAAUUGGAUGCCAUUUCCACUAAUGAAGAGGAAAAAGAGGAGAACGAAGCUGAAUCUGAUAUCAAACAUAGAACCAGAGAUUAUAAGAAGACCAGUCUAGCUCCUUAUGUAAAAGUUUUUGAACAGUUUCUUGAAAACCUGGAUAAAUCCCGAAAAGGAGAACUUCUCAAGAAGAGUGAUUUACAAAAAGACUUCUGAAGAUAACUCCCCUCAAACUAAUGUGGAUAUCUUCUACUUUCAACCAAGAAUCAAAUACUUCAAGAGUCAUUUAAUAAAUAUGGCAGAACCAUGUACGCAUCUUCAUGCUCAAAGCAAAAUUUCCUUUUCUCCAGAAAUAAUUAUGUUGAAAAGAUUCCUGAGACCACCAAAGCAGAGUGUCCAGGUUCCUGGAAGGAGCAAUAAUGGGAGGAAUAAGUGGAUUGCAGAUAAAUUUGUAAAAUUUAAUAUUAUACAAAGAUAAUUCUAAGAUUUCUGAUAUAAAUACUCACUUCUACCAGUUGCCCUAUAUAGAGGUAAGUGAACAAUAAUAUGCCCAAGACUAGAUAUAGCCUGCAUAUUUCUGGAGUGAGUAGUCUAGGUGAAGGAGAGCUUUGUCCUUAAGUCGUAGACACUUAAGUUAAUUAUAUCUGGAGUGUGUAUUCAGUCACUUCCUAAUUUUGCUUACUAGUAUUUUUAUUGGUCAGGCCACACCUCACUGCCCAUCUUUUAAAAAUCAUUUUAAACUGGGCAUCUAAACCUACCAAAACAUCAAUUCAAAAGAUAUGAGUUACCAGAUUACAAUAUUAGGACCUAGUUGAGUAUUUUUUACAACUGUUGCAAUUGUAGCUCCUAACUUCUUCCCUCAGAGAACAAUUAGAUUAGUCUACACUGUAAAGAAGCAGCUUAGAAAAAAUAACCAACUUCACCAACAUAAAACCUGUUGUACUUGUCAAAACACUUGGACUUUGUGCAUAUCCAGAUAUUUUAAUUUUAAAGGUUUCAUUUUUUCCAUAUUUGAUUUUGUGUGGUAGAUUCGGAAGUGUCAGAUUUCUUUGCCUGGUUUUACAACCAGUCUAAACAAAACAGUUAUUCUGGUGUUUACAUUCUGUCUUCUGAGAAGCAGGCUAUCAGAUUGGUGAUUCUGUGAUUUAUGAAAAUUUUCCUUCCUUCGCAUUUCCUUUAACAUCCUUUUCUCUAUAGCCACAGCCUUUUUCUUUUAUCUUUUGGUUUAUAUAAAACAGACUGUCAUGCAGUCAACAUACUGAAAUGCCUUGCAUUUCUUUCUCUUUUCUAAUUUUUUAAGAAAAAAUAUUAAAGACUAUUGUGUGAAAUUCC